GUUGACUUGUCCACCGAAUCCAUAAUAUCAGCCAGUACCCAUGUGACUUGGCCCAUCUCAUCCACCCCUAUAAAGAUAUCUCUUACUUUGUUCCCUAUUCUCUCACAAUUCCCUCAGCUUCUCAUCUUGUACGUGCUGUAUUUUCUUGGCUUUCUGCUACUUUGAGUUGUUCCAAAAUGGCUGACCAAAUUCCAUUCGGUGUUGUGGAGCACAUUUUGACCAAGUUGGGGUCCAAGGCGUUUCAAGAAAUUGGAUCCAUGUAUGGUGUUCCAAAGGAGCUAACCAAGCUCAAGGACAACCUCGACGUCAUCAAAGGUGUACUUCUGGAUGCUGAGGAACAGCAGCAGCAGAAAACUCGUGGAAUAGAAGCUUGGGUCCAGAUGCUCAAAGGCGCCGUGUAUGACGCAGAUGACUUGCUGGAUGACUAUGCAACCCAUUAUCUACAGCGAGGAGGAUUCGCAAGGCAGGUCAGUGACUUCUUCUCAUCUGAAAAUCAAGUUGCUUUUCGCUUUAAGAUGAGUCAUAGACUCAACGAUAUCAAUGAAAGGCUAGACGCUAUCGAAAAAAAAAUCCCCAUGUUGAAUCUGACUCGACGGGAGGCAAUACGCAUAGGAGUAGAGAAUAGUUGGAGAGAAACCCACUCAUUCUCGUUGCCAUCUGAAAUUGUAGGAAGAGAAGAAAACAAAGAGGAGAUAAUAAGGAAGCUGUCAUCUAACAAUGAAGAAAUUCUUUCCGUUGUUGCCAUUGUUGGCUUUGGGGGAUUGGGUAAGACCACCCUCACUCAAUUGGUAUACAAUGACGAAAGAGUAGAACAUUUUGAGCGUAAGACAUGGGUUUGCAUUUCUGAUGAUUCUGGUGAUGGUCUUGACGUCAAACUGUGGGUCAAAAAGAUUUUAAAAUCUAUGGGAGUUCAGGGUGUGGAGAGUCUGACCUUGGAUGGUUUGAAAGACAAGCUUCACGAAAAAAUAAGUCAAAAGAAGUACUUGUUAGUACUUGAUGAUGUUUGGAACGAAAAUCCUGGAAAAUGGUAUGAAGUGAAAAAAUUGUUGAUGGUUGGUGCUAGAGGUAGUAAAAUUAUAGUAACCACCCGAAAACUUAAUGUUGCAUCCAUUGUGGAAGAUAAGUCUCCCCUUAGUUUGAAAGGUCUAGGAAAAAAGGAGUCUCGGGCUUUAUUUUCAAAAUUUGCAUUUAGAGAACAGGAGAUUUUGAAGCCAGAAAUUGUAGAAAUUGGAGAAGAAAUUGCAAAAAUGUGCAAGGGAGUUCCUCUCAUUAUUAAGACUUUAGCAAUGAUAUUGCAUUCUAAAAGAGAACUGGGAUUUUGGUUGUCUAUUAGAAACAAUAUUAAAAAUUUGCUAUUACUUGGAGUUGAGAACGAUAAUGUUGUACGGGUCUUGAAACUAAGUUAUGAUAAUUUGCCAACACAUUUGAAACAAUGUUUUACAUAUUGUGCUUUAUUUCCAAAAGACUAUGAAAUUGAGAAAAGGUUGGUGGUACAACUAUGGAUAGCACAAGGUUAUAUUCAAUCUUCAAAUGAUAAUAAUGAGCAAUUAGAGGAUAUAGGGGAUCAAUAUGUUGAGGAAUUAUUGUCAAGGUCAUUGUUGGAGAAGGCGGGAACCAAUCAUUUUAAAAUGCAUGACCUUAUACAUGAUCUUGCACAAUCAAUUGUAGGAUAUGAGAUCCUUGUUUUAGAAAGUUAUGUAAAUAACAUUUCACAAGAAGCUCGUCAUGUAUCAUUGUUUGAAGAGGUAAAUCCUAUGAUAAAGGCUCUAAAGGGAAAACCCAUAAGGACCUUUCUAAACCUUGGUGAAGAUUCUUUUAAGGAUAGUACAAUUGUAAAGUCAUUUUUUCCGAGUUUUAUGUGUUUACGUGCAUUGAGUUUAAGUCGUAUGGGUGUAGAGAAGGUGCCAAAGUGUUUAGGCAAAUUGAGUCAUUUAAGGUAUCUUGAUCUUUCCAACAACAAUUUUGAGGUACUUCCAAAUGCUAUUACAAGGUUAAAGAAUUUGCAAACACUAAAACUCAUAUGGUGUCGGCGUUUAAAAAGAAUUCCAGACAACAUAGGAGAAUUGAUCAAUCUUAGACACUUGGAGAAUGAUAGCUGUUUUAACUUGGCUCAUAUGCCACAUGGAAUCGGCAAGUUGACUUUACUUCAAAGUCUACCAUUGUUUGUUGUUGGGAAUGAGACAGGGUGGUUAAGGAAUCACAAAAUUGGUAGCUUGAGUGAAUUGAAAGGCCUUAACCAACUAAGAGGAGGGUUAUGCGUAAGUGAUCUUCAAAACGUGAGGGAUGUUGAACUGGUAUCCAGGGGGGAAAUUUUGAAAGGAAAACAAUAUCUUCAGUCCUUGAGAUUGGAAUGGGAUCGGUGGGGCCGAGAUGGGGGGGAUGAGAGUGAUAAGUCAGUGAUGGAAGGCCUUCAACCACACCAACACCUAAAGGAUAUCUUUAUAGAAGGUUAUGGAGGUACGGAGUUUCCAAGUUGGAUGAUGAAUGAUGGGUUGGGUUCCCUGUUUCCCGACCUAAUUAAAAUUGAAAUUUCGGGAUGUUCAAGAUGCAAAAUUCUGCCACCCUUUUCUCAACUCCCUUCUCUCAAGUCUUUGAAGCUUCAUAAUAUGAAAGAAGUGGUGGAGUUAAAGGAGGGUUCAUUAACAACGCCACUCUUCCCAUCUCUUGAAUCGCUCGAACUCUCUGACAUGCCAAAGUUGAAGGAAUUGUGGAGGAUGGACUUACUAGCAGAAAAACCUCCUUCAUUUUCUCAUCUUUCGAAGUUAUAUAUUUAUGCAUGCUCUGGUUUGGCAUCACUGCAUCCUUCUCCUUCUCUUUCUCAAUUAAAGAUCCAUAAUUGCCCAAACUUGACAUCCAUGGAACUGCCGUCAUCUCUUUGUCUUUCUCAAUUAGAUAUCAGAAAAUGCCCUAACUUGGCAUCCUUCAAAGUGGCUCCAUUACCUUCUCUUGGGAUACUCUCUCUGUUCACAGUUAGAUAUGGUGUGGUACGGCAGAUAAUGUCUGUCUCUGCUUCUUCUUCGUUGCGGUGUCUGUAUAUUAAAAGCAUAGAUGAUAUGAUAUCUCUCCCGAAGGAGUUACUUCAACAUGUUUCUGGCUUGGUAACGUUAGAGAUCCGUGAGUGUCCUAACUUGCAAUCCUUGGAACUGCCCUCAUCCCAUUGUCUUUCUAAAUUAAAGAUUGGAGAAUGCCCUAACUUGGCAUCCUUCAAUGUGGCUUCAUUACCUCGUCUUGAGGAACUAAGCCUGCGUGGAGUCAGAGCAGAGGUACUGAGGCAGUUCAUGUUUGUCUCUGCUUCUUCUUCAUUGAAGUCUCUACAUAUACGGAAGAUUGAUGGUAUGAUAUCUCUCCCAGAGGAGCCGCUUCAAUAUGUUUCCACUCUCGAAACUCUCCACAUUGUUAAGUGCUCUGGUUUGGCAACAUUACUACACUGGAUGGGCAGCCUUUCCUCGCUUACGGAACUUAUUAUUUAUGACUGCUCUGAAUUGACAUCACUGCCAGAAGAGGUCUAUUCCCUUAAAAAACUGCAGACAUUUUAUUUCUGUGAUUAUCCACACCUAGAGGAAAGAUACAACAAGGAAACAGGUAAAGACCGGGCCAAGAUUGCUCGUAUCCCACAUGUUCGUUUCAACAGUGAUACCUAUAUGGUAAUGAAGCUAGGAUGCGCUUUCCGAUGA